AUGGCAUUUCAUCAUAGAAAGUUUUUGUUAGUAGAUAAGAAGACUGAGGAUGAAAAGAAGUAUGGAAAUUGUUACACUUGUUAUUAUUACAUUUCACCGCCGCCACCUCAACUGCCAUUGUCGCCGUCGCUGUCCCCAUCACCGUCGCCGCCGCCACCACCAUCUCCGCCCCUGGCUAGCCCGAAACAUCAUAUGUCAACAAUUUUGAUCCUCAUCAUCUGUGUUCUUGGUGCUACUUCUAUGGUUAUCUCCUAUCUUUCUAUAAGGAGGUAUCGGUCAAGGAAUCCCCAGUGGAGAAAUUCGGUAUCAUUGGAGAAUAGUGCCCGAGAGGAUUUUAUCGAUGAAAAUCAAGGGCCUGUGGUGGACCAUCCUAUAUGGUAUAUACGUACAGUUGGGCUACAUCAGUCCAUAAUCGAUUCUAUAGCAGUUUUUAAGUACAAAAGUGGGGAAGGUUUGAUUGAAGAAAAUAUUGGUGUUAGUCUCGAUGGUGGUAAGUAUCGAGUGCUAAGUGAUUUGGCUGAUCAUCGUGCAAAAGUCGACAGGGCGUUGCAACAAACAGUUAGAAGAUCAAUUUCUAUGGAUUUUUCAUCUACUUCUACGAUCUGUAAUACUGCUAACGUUCGUGGAAAGAAAGAAGAACAAAAUCCUUAUGCAGCUUCGAGCAUAUAUAGGCCGAUAAAGAGUCUUUUAUAUGUGCGUUCCAUUCAAAAGGUGUCGAUAUCAAUGAAGAGGUUUACCAUGGAAUUCUCGAAUUCCCAGUUGUAUAUAGAACAAUGA